CCCACCCAACACGGACAGGAAAGCUCCUCUUCGCAGUGUGUUGGCCCCAGAAGGGGGGUUGCGGAUAUAGGAAAAUCGAUCUGACUGGAGGCGUUGGUGGGUCCCCUCCAGAGGCGGGAUCAACAGCAGCGCACAGACUGAUGUUCUUGAAACUUUAAGGGAAUGGGCGCUGCUAUGGAUCCGACUUGCUUCGGUCGCCAGUGCAUCUGGUACGUGAUCAGGCACACCAGAAUACAUUGGACAUGAGCUGCUACAGCGGAUAGCUCGGUCCUUGGCAGAAAAAAACACGAUCUCUUAUUAUGCUUCGCUUUUGACAGUGGAUGCGAUUGCAAUGCAGGUUACGUGCUCUCCCCCCUUAGCCUUGGCAGGUGGCGGUUGUGUCCAAUGCGUUGUCCAUGUACAGAUCAGGCAGCGCGUGCCUCCGACGACGGGACGGCCACGCACAGUCCCGCGUGGCCCCAAGUGUUACAAAUCUUUCUGCCCGUUGCGUAGAGCACGUUCGGAUUGAUCGCAAUGUGUGCCUGAUGUGUAGAGGGGGUUGAGGAGACGAGUAGGGGGAAGCGGACAGCAUGUUUCGUGUUCUACGCGCUCUUGUUAAAGAGUUCCGUCUUCUGAAUGACUCCACCGUCAUCGUUGGUCUUGAGUCUCGGUGGUUGUUGCAGUCAGCCCUUGUUUGCCGGCCCUCCCGAGGUGGUGCUGUCAGAGAUAGUUCGCUCUGCACGCAUCGCCGUAGACGCCACCGCCAACGCCACGGCCGCCGUGAGCGUCACCAGCAGCGGCCAUGUCGAUGGUCUUGCUUUUUCACGCGAGUGCGAGGAGUCGCUCAUGCAGCUGCUCGCCGGGCCGAGCACCCCAUGCGGAUUCGAGAAGCUGCACGCAGUGAUGUUGUUCGGCGGCCUCUGUCUCACGCUGGUGGUGAUGCUCUGUGCGUUCGCGUUCUUCCGUGAGGAGCGCCGUGUUGUUUUUGUUCAUUUGCUCUGCUUGGUGUUGCUAGAAGUGGUCCUGGCACAGUGCGGCUUCUGUGGCUGUCAGGUGGCUGGAACGAGGCGCGCUAUGUAAACGGGCCCCGAGGCUUCACACCUGCCUCGCAACGCCUCGGGCCAGAUAUACUUUGUCAGCACAGGAGUUUGGACCCCCCGCCCCUCCCUCCUCCUCUACCUUUCUUCGCCCCCCC